CAGUCGUACGAACAAAUUGACAUUACGUUAGAACGGAGCACUAAUGAGUUUUGUCUGUUGUUUUCCAUUUUUAUGUUUGACUUUGGUCUCGGUUUAUCGCUAAUUAAUGUUUUGAGUGCCAUUUAGGUGAUUUUUCAUGUUAAAGUGAUCAUUUCAUUUUUUUAGAAUUGAAAACGAAUAUUCGGAACAAAUCAACAGCUGCGACAUUUUUGCAAUGGAUCGUCAAAUACUGAGAGAGUUAGUUGUAAAAAAUGCAUUGGAAGUCCUUCAAAAUGUGUUGCCAACAAACAUAACAGAACAACUUGAGAGAUUGGACGCUGAUGAGGAAGAAGGUGACGAUCGAUCGAAUGAUUUGGACGAAGAUCGUUUUUUCUAUGAAUUUUUCACCUCACAAACCGAAACACCGAAGAUUGUUGUGAAACAAGAGACAAAUGAGAGUAAUGAAUCAUUGACAUACUUCCAAAUAGUCGAACAGGAAAUGAUGGAGGCACUACCAAUUACAAAGUAUAACAUGGAUUUACUAAAGCUGAUCAUAGAAGACUUUGGUGAAAUAACUCCGAAUAUGUUAGACACUUUAAAUGUGCCGACAAUCGACCAACUUACAAAUAUUUUUCUAUAUUCUUUGAUGACCAAUGAAGAUUCAAAACAGACUGAAGAAACUCUCAUCCUCUGUGAAGGAACGGUGAAUAAAGUUCUAACGAUGAUAUGUGCCAUAAUCGCUCAGAAGAGAGACGUUUUUAUUCACUUUCCCAAUGGAAAAGAGAUUCAACAAAAUGUGCGGCAGUUCGAGCGAUUCACUGAAUUUGGCGAGUAUGAAUUUUACAAUGUUUUUGGUGCUCUUGGCACAACUGACUUUCAAAUCAAACCACCACUAUCGAAAUACUUAUCAGUUCCCGCAACUGAUGGUAAGAAUAUCAUGUACACACCAAUCAAAUGGCAAUGUUCGUGUGAUGUCAGCGGUUUUCUACAGUCCAGCUUGGUACUGAUUCCGAAGAAGGAAAAUGAAACAAAAAAUAGUUACGUAUUUGAAAUGAAUCCGUUGAAAGCGAAAUUAGAGGCCAUUAAAACUAGUGAAUAUUAUUUAGUUGCUGAUGGAACAUUGACAUUGAUACCAUUUUUACUUACGCCACACGAAAAACUGUUGCUCCAUGCCGAACAACAUAACAGAGCGUUAGAGUCGAAAAGAAAGAUUAUUGAUAAGACUUUUGAUAAGAUUCGAUCCAGAUUUACAAUUCUCAAUAGAAUUGAACUGAGAGAUGCGACAAGCAUUUGUAAUUUAGUCGAAACAAUUGGGAUUUUGCAUAAUUUUUUUCUCGUUCAAAAUGACGAAUUGUAUAUGGCUGAGUUUUCAUAUCAAGCAUUGUAAUAGGUUAUUUAUUCAUUUUUUAAGCACGUAAAUCAUCAUCUAUGUUCCACUUUCCAGUGGUUUCUAUAACAAUCAAUAAAUAUACAAUUUCAACAGUAAAAAAUCA